CGUUAUCCUGCUCUUCGUUCUCGUUGUAUCACCCCGUUUUGAUGCCUGAUAGUCGCCAACUGUAUCCGCAAAGUACAGUAAGAAUGCCCCCACCAAACGUCUGGACCAGCGGCGGGCCUGCGUUGCCUGAGUCCGAACCAAUACUAUGACGAGAGGUUCCCAUCCAUGUGCGUUUGGUUUGGGAUUCGUAAAAGAAAGUGGCAUCGUUAAAUUCGACUCGGUCAUUCAUCAUUCGAUUCCUUUCUUUUCCAUGUUCUUUCUCCUUCCUCCCGGCCAACAUGGAAAUGCUGAUCCGACAGCUAUAAACAUGCCACUCUCAGGACAACUGAUUGUUUCCAUGUCGCCGCGCUGUUAACACCUUUCACUGUCCUGUAUCUUCUAGUCACCGGAAACGCACUCCGCCUGCAGGCUUGCAUGCUAAACGUCCCCAUCGUUCUUUCUGGUUCAUGAUAUGAAUCGUUUUGACGAAACUCGCACAAUUUUUCCAGGGCAUUUCAACACUCACUAGAACGGCCUCGACAGCUAUUUCCACACCUGGACCCUGCUGUGUCACCCUCUAUCGUGCUUCAUCUUAGUCCCGACCUACCCCGCCAACACCCAGCGAGCAGCAGGUGUCUGGUCGACGCUAGCUCCACUCGUUCGGCGGCCAACAACAAAUUCAACAAGAUCUUAUCGCACAUCAGCCGUCCACCCGACAUCAACCACCACCGUGAUCUGUCUCAGCCAAGCAGCAUGGUUGCUCGCUCUGAGAGUGACGAACAACAAGGGAAUUCUCCUGCUGCGGAAAUCAUGCCUCCAGAAGAGCCGGGCAUCUCGGAGCCAGCGGAGGUUUCGCGACCAACUACCUCGUAUUUCUCGCUGCCUCACAAACAGAACACGGGAGAGGCGACCUCGGAACAGAAAUCACCUAUCGAGGCAGCGAGAAGUGCCGGCUCAGGGAAGGAGCUUCUCCGCCGACUCAGCCUUGUCAAUCCUGAAGGUCCUGACACCUUCGACGUCGAUCCUCGUACCGCUCAUCCUGCUCUGCGGCUGAGCGGGAACAUCAUCAGCGCGACCUUUUGCAUACCUUACCAACUUACCCACGGCGGUCAAGGUGAAUGGGGUCUGUCCACUCGGCAUGGUACAUCUGCUUUGUUCGAUUCGUUUGCUUAUUUGUCUUCUGACAAAUCACCGUGGAAGCAUACCUUGGUUGGCUGGACCGGGGAGAUUCAGAACAAACCACAGCAACAUGCAAUGAGUAUAUUGCAGUCCGAGGGUGCUUCUGCGACCACAAACGUGAAUACUCACUCCCCAAAUCCAAUAAACAAAUCCGCGGCGCCCUAUCCGGUCAAUGGCGCAAUUCCGCACCAGCACGAAUCCCACCCAGAGCAUCUUUCCCUGACUCGUGCGGACAGAAAUAGCCUAGAAAAGGUCCUCGCUAAUCAUCCCAACGGAUGCACGUUGCCGGUCUGGCUCCCGGAUUCUCGAGGGGAUGGAGAUGAUGAAUUUGUAUUCAAAGAUCAAAGUAGGUGGCGGAGAUAUGCAGAACACGAACUAUAUACGCUCUUCCACUACCGCCAGCAUGGGCCGGAUGAUGGGCGAGCGGAGAAGGCCUCUUGGAAUGACUACCUCCAAAUGAAUCAAGCCUUUGCCGACAGGAUUCUACAAAUUUACCAGCCGGGCGAUAUUGUUUGGAUCCACGACUACCACCUAAUGAUGUUGCCCAACAUGCUACGACAACGGAUCCCGAAUAUCUACAUCGGCUUCUUCCUGCAUAUUCCAUUUCCCAGCAGCGAAUAUAUGCGUUGCCUACCGCGCAGAAAAGAGGUCUUGACAGGAGCUCUGGGAGCCACCAUGAUCGGCUUCCAAUCCUACAGUUUUUCGCGGCAUUUCAAUUCGUGUUGCAAACGCAUCCUGGGAUUUGAGUCGAGCUCUGCUGGAGUAGACGCCUAUGGUGCACACGUUGCAGUGGAUGUUUUCCCCAUCGGCAUUGAUGUGGCCUCCGUGCAAGCAGCGGCGUUCAAGGAUCCGGUGAUCGAGCAGAACAUGAAAGCAUUGAAGCAAAUGUAUGCAGGAAAGAAGAUCAUUGUCGGUCGCGAUAGACUCGAUACCGUCAGAGGAGUGUCACAAAAACUGAUGGCAUUUGAGAUCUUCUUGGAGAGGUACCCAGAGUGGCGCGACAAAGUUGUACUCAUUCAAGUGACCAGUCCCACUAGUGUGAUGGAGGAUAAGGUUGACGGCGCUCACAAGUUCGAGCUCAAAAUAUCGAAUCUUGUUUCCAGAAUCAAUGGCAAGUUUGGUUCGCUAAGCCAUUCUCCCGUCCAACACUAUCCACAGUAUCUCUCCUCUCAAGAGUACUUCGCCCUACUUCGAAUUGCCGACGUUGGACUUAUCACAAGCGUCAGAGAUGGCAUGAAUACAACCAGUCUUGAAUAUGUCAUUUGCCAGAAAAAUCAUUUUGGACCUCUCAUAUUGUCCGAAUUUUCUGGUACGGCCGCCAGCCUGGGCACUGCUAUUCACAUUAAUCCCUGGGAUCUGGGAAGGGUGGCGGAUGCCCUCCAGGAGGCGCUUGAAAUGCCCGAAGCUCAGAAGAGACAUGACCACGAGAAACUAUACAACUAUGUCACGACGCAUACCGUGUCAACAUGGACGAAGAACUUCCUGACCCGAUUGCUCAUCAAUCUCACCUCCUUUACACAAAGCGACCUCACACCUGCCUUGGACCGCAAUCGUAUGAUUUCACAGUAUCGCGCUGCCAGCAAGCGACUGUUUAUGUUCGACUACGACGGAACAUUGACACCAAUUGUCAAGGACCCCAAUGCCGCAAUCCCUGCGGACAAGGUCUUACGGACUUUAAAGGCACUUGCUGCAGAUCCUCGAAAUAAUGUCUGGAUCAUUUCAGGCCGCGAUGCAUCGUUCCUAGAGGAGUCGAUGGGUCACAUCAGUGAGCUUGGCCUGAGUGCUGAACACGGUUGUUUUUUGCGACGUCCUGGCUCCGAGACCUGGGAGAACCUUGCCUCCUCCAUGGACAUGGGAUGGCAGAAGGAGGUUAUGGAGAUCUUCAGGUACUACACCGAGCGCACUCAGGGGUCGUGGAUCGAGAAAAAGCGGGUGGCUUUGACCUGGCAUUACAGACAAGCCGACCCAGACUUUGGGGCUUUUCAAGCUCGAGAAUGCCGCAAAGCACUCGAGGAUAAUGUAAUGAAGAACUGGGAGGUUGAAGUCAUGUCCGGCAAAGCAAACUUGGAGGUGCGUCCCCAAUUCGUAAACAAGGGCUUCAUCGCAUCCCGCUUGAUCAACGAAUACGGUUAUGGCAGCGGCGAUCCACCAGAAUUUGUCCUUUGCUUGGGAGAUGAUCAGACAGAUGAAGAUAUGUUCCGAGCCCUGCUGAAGACCGAAUUGCCAAAAGACCAUGUCUUUGCCUGUACCGUUGGCGCUAGUAGCAAAAGAACUCUUGCAUCAUGGCAUUUGCUAGAACCAAGUGAUGUUAUCGCCAGUAUUGCUGCCCUCAACAAACAGGAGAACCUAUGAGAGAAGGGACACAGCAUGACCAGCGAAGAAGCUAAUGACACAUCUCCCCUUGACAAUGAUUUUCGACGCACUGUUGAGGAAAGAGAGUUUUUGGAUUGGUUUUGAUUUUGAUUUUGAAAAAUAGACAACGAGCAGCAAAGGUGCUCGAGAAGGUAUUGAGGCUGGCUUUAUUGUUAAAGCUGACAUUGGUUGAGCCCUCGAAUGUGUACAGGAUUGGGGCUCAGUGUCACGAUGAAGUAUUGAAACACUUGUUUUGACGAAAAUCAUUGAUGCAUGCACGACAGGAUAGAAUGUGCGGAGCGAGAUAAAAAUAAGACAUCUUAAUAUAUGUUUCGAAAACAACAUUUGACUUGAUCUUGAACAGCACCCUCUCUUUGUGUGUUUGUGGUCACGGUCGACCCGGAUACAUUUUGACCAACACACUUUUGUCCGUGUCUAGAUGGCCGC